AUGUCUUCGAUUGGGCCUCAAUUGCCGCCGCACCUGUCGAAACGGAAGCGUACACCUGAUGAUGAAGACUCAAACUCCAGCAAACAUCGUCGCAGCGAAUCUCCAGCAAAGAAUACAGAUGAGAUUGAACUAGAAGACUCGGACGAUGAUUACGGUCCCAGUGCACCUUUACCGCCCAAAGCACCCGUCGGCCCAGCUUUGGCGACAUCGAACAAGGACGAGAUAGAACUCGAGUCCGAUUCCGAAUCUGAUACUGGCCCAGCACCACCAAAGCCCACCGUUGGGCCUGCGCCACCUCCCGCCGACAUUUCGCAACGCCCAGCAACAUCUCCCGACUCAGAUUCAGACUCCGAAGAUGACUACGGCCCUGCACUGCCAGGCUCAGCCAAAGCGAACAAACCCACGAUAGGACCUCAGCUUCCAUCCGCUGAACCAGCACCCCAGCGCGACUCGUGGAUGCUUGCGCCUCCCACGGCAUCAGGCUACUCAGAGCGCGACCCAACCAAGAUGCGCAAUCGUAAAUUCGCUUCCAAGCCAGCGUCGUCUUCUGGUCCCUCGACUGUGUCGACAAUGUGGACUGAAACCCCUGAAGAGAAGCUGAAGAGACUACAAGACUCGGUACUAGGACGCGCCGACAAGAACACAGACACAACACCGAAGCCAGGGAAGUCUCGGGAAGAGGAAGAACGAAAUCGCAAGAUUGCAGCAAAUAUUGAAUCGCAACGAGGUAAAAGUCUAUACGCAGAGCAUCAGGGGCGAAGAGAAAAGGAAGGUAAAAAGGAGGAGGAGGAGGAUGAUCCUAGUAAGCGGGGAUUUGACCGAGAAAAGGAUAUGGCUCUGGGUGGAAAGAUUGGCACCGCGCAAAGGAGAGAGCUGAUGAACAAAGCUGCUGAUUUUGGUGGCAGGUUUUCAAAAGGAUCUUUCCUCUAG